AUGGCUCUUAAACUUCUCUUCUUGGCGGCGGCGCACCUCGUGCAUGCAGACUCCUCUCAUGCACUCUUUUACAGAAAUGUCAAUGCGGAAACAGCUCGUGGAAUAGCUUCUCUAAAGGGUUAUGACGCGCUCGGUGAUAAUAGCCCCGUUUUUAACGAGCAGGGCUUCUGGUUCUCCCACUUCACCGUCGGAGCGAGACCCGACCUCCAAAUCUUGAUUGACACUGGCUCCUCAGAUGCCAUUCUUAACCCGGGCGUGUACAAGCCUUCCCCGGGCUCAGUUAAUGCGAAUAGACCGUUUCGUAUCUCCUACUCAACCACCAAUCCUGACGGAUCGGGAACUCUAACUGCAUCCGGCAACGUCUACCAAGAUGUAAUCACCCAACUCUCCGCCAAUCUCACCGUCAAGCGACAAACGCUCGGUGACAUCAAAAACCCAACCUCGCCACCAACCUUCCCGCAUGACGGCCUCAUCGGAUACGCAGGCCAGGACGGCAGCGCUCUCCGCGGAUCACCCUUCAUCCAGUCCCUCUGCGACCAGGGCACCCUCUCCUCAUGCCGCUUCGGCCUAGCCCUCAAGACCGAUAAAACUGGCUCUAUAUACUACGGCACCGUCCCAACAGACACAUUUUCCGGACCGCUGACCAACGUCGAAAUCCAGGGACAGUGGACAGUAGAAGGCGACAUCACUGUAAAUGGCAAGACAGUCCAGUCAGGCGAAAACAUCAUGACCGAUUCAGGAACGACCGUUAUCUUUGGUCCAACCAGUCAAGUUACAAACUUGUUCAAAAAGGCUGGUAUUCAGGCGGUGCGCACGCAGAACGGCAUAACGGGGUAUUAUAAGUGCAGUGCCCCGCCGGUGAUUGGACUUUCGCUCGGGGGAAAGAACUUUAACAUUCUGCCUGAAGCGUUGGCGUUUGCUAAGAAUGGCGAUAACUGUACGGCGAGUGUGCAUGGGUCGAAUGCGUUUGGGGGUGCUUGGCUGGUUGGGCAGGCGUUUUUUCAGGGGCGGUAUAUUGAUCAUAAUGUGGGGGAGGGGACGAUGGGGUUUGCGGAUUUGAAGUAG